AUAGUAAUUUCACCAACCACAAAAACCCUAAUUCCUCCUAAACCCCCCAACUCAAACUUGGAGCCGCUGCUUCAUCCUCCAAUUCUCCAAAUAAAAAGCUGAGAAGCCUCGCAUGCCCAAGUCCCUAACAAGGACGCAGGACACUCUCAGCCCUUCCCUUCUAGCAUUCAAGCCCCGCCAACUUCUACUUGCAAACCUAAACCUAGAGAUGAAGCAGAGCAACCCCAAUAACUCUGCCCCAACCUUAAGUCCUCACCAGAAGGGUCCUCUUCUUUACGCUGUUGCUAGGUUCCUGCAGGGCAAUGGGUUCUCUAAAACCCUCAAAAAGUUUCUGUCUGAAGCUCCAAUCGAGAAAAAUGGGCUGAAGGACUCUUCACUGGAUUUGGAAGAGAUGUACUGCAAAUAUUCUGAGAUGUGUAAUAAGGACAAUGCAAGUGUUAACAGUCAGAAGGAGAAUGGAAAUGAUCCAGCCCCGGAAAAAAUUGCAAAAUCUAAGGACAAGAAGAAAAACAGAAAGACUUUUGAAUUACUCAAUCAAGGUGAUGAACAAGUCUGCACAGAAGAAUUAAAGAAGCCUGAACAAGUGGAAGAGGCUGAUAAGAAUGGCAAGGAGAAAAAGAAAAAGAAGGGCAAGAUUGUUUCUGAUACUCCUGAUGGUGUAGAACAACGUAAACUAGAGCCAUUGUCUGUGGCAACUGAAGAAAGUUUAAAAGAUCAUACAUCUGUCAAGGGAAAAGGUGUUGGCGAUUCUGAGACAGAGAAGAAAUCUAAGGAUAAGAAGAAAAAGAAAAACAAGUCAAAUGAUGAUUCUGUUAGUCCUAAUGUUGAACAGGGUGGCGUGGAAGCAAAACAGGAUGCAAAUGGAACUAGUGAAACAAUUGCAGAUGAAAAUCUAGUGGAUAUUAAGCCUAAAGUUAAGAAGAAUAAGAAGGUAAGUUCAGGUGGUGAGGAUAAGAAGGUAGUUGCCAUGGGAGAUGCAAGUGACAGUGUUUUGAAAAAGGAAGAUUUCAAAUUAUCUGAUGUUGAGGCUACAAAUAAUGAGAACAAAUGCUCCAAAAAAAGGAAAAGAUUGGAUUCUGAAGGAAAUGAUUCAGAGCCUGGGAAGAGCAAAGAAGAUGAAAGUGCUGAGAAGUCUUCCAUGCAGAAGAGCAUAAAGAAGCAGUGCAAUGGUUCAACUGAGCCAAAGACUAUUAAUGCAUUUCAAAGGGUAAAACUGGAUGAGGUGGUAUUCACAGAUGAGAAGCUUAAAGAUAAUUCUUACUGGGCGAAGGAUGGUGCUGAGAUUGGCUAUGGUGCAAAAGCACAGGAAAUUCUCGGUCAAGUCAGAGGAAGGGACUUUCGGCAUGAAAAGACCAAGAAGAAGCGUGGGACAUACAGAGGAGGGCAGAUUGAUCUGCAAUCGCACUCAGUCAAGUUCAAUUAUUCUGAUGAAGAUUGACUGGAAAUCCAGAAACAUUUAUCCUUAAUCGCUGAACACUUGAAUGAAUUUUGAGUUAACUAGACGAACUUUUACACAAAUUUAAGAGCUAUUUUCCACCCUUUAUUGUCUUUGGCUCCCUCCCAGAUUGACCAAAAGGUCCUUGUUGUAAUUAUCAAAAUUAUUGACGUUACAAGGAUAUAAUUCCCCAUGGACUUCCUAUCUCAUUCGGUGUGAUAGACGUUCAAAUUGAUUGAGGUCAAGUUUGAUGUUCACCAGUUUUACCCAA